GUCGUCCAGAAAAAGAUUUUGAUACUCUUUGCAAUCGUUCGAAGAAAAGAAGAACUGAAGAGUUAAGAACAAAUACGUCCUUGGCAGAACUUACAUUUGCUGCUAGUACACUACUCCGUGAAAAUGGUAAUCAUGUCGCAGCCAGUAUUAUAGAAGAAAUAAUAAAAAAUCCAUCGAAAGCUAAUGAAAUCCAGCAAGCGUGGAAUCCUCAGUCGUCUAAAUCGAGACAGGUAGUAAGAUAUACCCCUGAUGAAGCUCUGUGUCUCAAACUUGAUGGGAAAUUGUCCGUAGCUCAAUAUCAGAAUAUACGUAAAGGUGCACUAGAGCGAAAUAUAGACCUCUAUCCUAGUUACAGAGAUAUUCUUGAAGCGCAAAAUAGAUGUUACCCGCCGCAACAGUCAAUAUGUAUCACAGAUACAGGUGCAGAAAUAAAGUUACAGCAGCUAUUACAUCAUACAACUGAAAGACUUCUAACCAGUCAAAAGUCAGUUUUACUGAGUCUUUCAUUUAAUUAUCUGCAAAAUUUGACUCUUUUAAGUAAAUGGGGCUGCGAUGGCAGUUCUGGCUAUAAUCGUUACAAGCAAACUUUGCCGUCUCUUAAUUUUGAUGAUUCUUCUCUUUUUGUGACUUCAAUCGUUCCCCUGCAAUUGUUUGUUCGUACUGAAUGUAGAAAUAAAAUUAUAAUCUGGCAAAAUCCGCGACCAUCUAGUCCUCGAUUUUGUAGACCAAUCAAAUUUGAGUUUAUUAAGGAAAGUGUUCAGCUGAUUCAGGAAACAAAAUUCAAAAUUGAAAAUCAAAUAGAAAACUUGGAAAGUACCAAAGUUUGCUUGUUAGAUUUGAAUGUAAUUGUAUCGCACCGUCUUCAUUUCACUAUGGUUGAUGGAAAAGUUGCAAAUGCUAUAACUAGCACUUCAUGUGUUACCAUGUGUGUCUUCCAUGUGUUACAUAUGUGAUGCAAAGCCAAA